AUUAUAAUCCUUAUCAAUUUUUUUCAUUUACGUGUUCAGCUAUUAUUUUAUAUUAUUACCACGGACCACGAUUAAAGAUCUAAUCCACGGUAGAUUAUCUCGUUUAUGCCACUAUCACCUAUCAUACUUGGCAUACUUGCAUAUAUUAGAAUUAUAAUUUAUUAUUCACAUUAAUUUACGUUAUAAUUUUACUUUCUCAAUUUCCUAUAGUAGUUAUUACUUAUUUUACGUUACUACUUGCUACUAGCUGUUCUGACUUCCAGUGCUUUAGCUACACAACUACCACUACCUACGUCACUAUAUUAACGCAAAAAAUACUUAAUGAAAUGUGAAUAGAUAAUAAUAUAAAUUAUAGAAUUUUGAAGAAUUACAACUAAUUGUAUUUAUCAGUUGGAAAAUGACGACCAAAGUAUUUAUUGAAGAACAUUUAGAUAAAUAUCUAAAAAGUUUAGUUAAAGGAAAGUUGUUCAUUCCAGGAGUAAUUAUUGGACAAGUCAUAGGUAACAACUAUCAUAUAGUGCAUUUAUCAGGAAUGACCAUAUGGAAUGAUGAUAUACAAAAUAAUAAAAUUGAUGUUCUGGCUUUCAAAACUCUUUCUGAUCUUUUAGCCAAUAGUGAUACAAUAUUCCAAAAGUCGUUAGAAGUAGCAACUUUAUUACCAGGAGGUUCACAUGUACUUGGCUUAUUUUUUAUUGUUCCACAAGAUUUAAAAAGUAUUCAACCAAUAGAUAUUGAUUUUUAUGAAUUCUAUAGAGAAUUAAAUGAAAAUUUAUUGUAUAAAAAAACCAAUGAAACAUGGAAUUACUUAAUAUUAAAUUAUUCAACUGUCAACAAAAAAUCAUAUUGUUACUCAGUUGAUUUUAAUCGCGCAAGUGGUCCUGAAAAAACAACUUAUAAGGCAGUAGAUUCAGUGUUUGGAUCAUUUAAAAAUGAUUGGAUAACUCUUGUUGGAACAUUUAACUUUGGAACAUUAGAUAGAUUAAAUGUAGGUGGUGGAUCAAAAGCUUUAUUUUCCAUUCGUGAUAGUUUAUUAGAUAAAUUUGAAUCUGUAUUGAAUGAAUCAAUCUGUUCUUUUAACGGACGUGUAUGUGAUGAAAAUAAAACCCUUAAAGAUUUUGAAUGUGAUGAGAUUGAUAAUGUAUUGAAAAAUGUUGUUAAGAUUGAAUUUUUCAGAGAGGUUGAUUUGGGCAAUGAAUGUAAAAAUUCUUCAAUUACUGUAAAAAGAGGAAAGGGAAAAAUUUCAAUGUCUGGACUGUGCAGUAUAGUGGUACCAUUUAAUCGUAAUGGUACAAUCAAGGAUGCCAUAAAGGCAAUACAUGAAGAUGCCAUGCAGACAUUUGCUACUCGUUUAAAAAUGCAUUUGGAAUCAAUGGUUGAAGAAGAAUCUCUUGAAGAAGAAGACGGAGAUGCAAAUAUAGUACACGAAACUCCACGUCGAAUAUUAAUUUUAAAAACUGAAGGUUCUAGAUUUGCAUUCAGUGAUUAUGUAUUUCCUGGCGAAACUUCUCAAGAAGCAAUGUCUGUGGCUGGAGAAAUAUUGAAUCUUCCUGAAGACAAAAUGGAAUUGUACGAUAUGUUGGAAAAAGGACGACAUUCAUAUUAUGAAACACUGCCAGACAUUGAUAGUAGUCCACCACAAGAUGCAAGUACUUCAUCACCAAAUAAUGUGUUAAUUUAUUUUAGUUGGGCAACUUUGAUAGUGGUUAUCUUAGCAUAUGUUAUCAAACAGUUUUUUGUGUGAAUUAUAUUAAUGUGAAGUUAAUUUAA